AUGGCUGCUCUAGCUCCAAUCACCACACCCGCUCGUCAGCCAUUUGGCAUUUUGAAUCAAUCCAAGUUGAGAAGCUUGCAAAGUGUGAAGAAUCGACAAAAUGCUAUCACACCGAACUCUGCUCCGACCUCACUGAAGCGACGAGCUGUCUCUCCCGACCUCGAAGGAGGCUCAGACAGCGAGAACAUUGACCCAAGCAUUCUGGACUCGCUGCACAAACGCAAGAGAUCCUCCUUCGAUGAGGAUGUCUCACUUGCAAAGACACAUCGCUACUCCUUGAACGUAACCACUGUCCCACCAUCCAAACCUCGUCUCAGUACCGCUGUUGUCUCUACUCCACGCCUUGAUACAUUUGUCAAGCCAUCUACUACACCUGCCUCAGCACCUGCAGCAGGCCGCUCGCCAAUACGUCAACGCUCUGCUCUUCUUCAGUCGCGGAAGCGUUUCAAUCCACCUCCCUUUUCUAGUGCCACCCAUUCUCCAUCUCUGUCCCUGUCCGCCGCCUUGAAUGGUACAAAGAAAGCACGUGCUCAAUCCCGCAAGCUCAACAAGGCUACAAUCGAAACCAGUAAGCCCAAGUCAUGGUUCUUCGACAUUUAUGAGGAGACCGAGGAGGCGCAAGAUUACCGCAUGAACGAAUGGACCAUGACACAGAGCGCGACGGGACUGGAUAUCAGUGAUGAUGAGAGCAAGAGUCAGCACAAGAAGUCGUCUGCUGAUAGAGGCAAGGAGAACAUUGAUCCCAACGAGGUAACUGCACCUAUGACUAGGUCUAUGACUGCUGCUGCCAACGCCGUGGCCGCCACCGAAAAGGCCAAGGAGAAAGAAGUCAAGAUGAAUGACGAUGAAGCAAGAAGCCCGCUUGCAGAUCUCAAUCCAGCAGAAUUCUAUGCCGAAGGCCUUGAUGCCACCAGUGUGGUUCUCGUGCAAGAUGAUGACGAGGAGGCAGAAACUGAUGUCGAAGGCGACGAGACUAAGCAGCGUCAUGACUUUACCUUCCAACCACCCACCACCAGCGCUUCACUGUCGUCAACUGCAAAGGUCAUCCAAGAACUAAACGCACCAAGCCUUGCUGAGAUACUAAGCUCUGCCGCACCGAACCCACUUGGAGACACACUACUUGACGAGGCUGAAGCCCCUGGCUAUCCAUUUACUGACGCGCACUCUGCACGUGCCGACGCCGAUGGUGACGUCGAAAUCGAAAUCUGGGAAAGCGAGAGUGCAAAGGAUGAGAAUGAGAAAGCUGAUCUUCAGCUCGAGAAUGCUGUCGACGUAGGCAGUCCUUGCUCUUCUGUUGGCGAUCAAAACGUGUUUGCGCUGCAGGAGUUGUGA